GCGGAGCCGGAGCCGGAGCGAGUGACUGUUCCGUCUGUAGCCGGCCCUUGGAGCCGGAUUUGAGCGCACUUGGGAGCCAGCAGCCAGCCACCGCCCCGACAGCGGACUCCGCGCCCAGCGCCCGGAGAUCCUCCUCCUGUUUGAGUCAUGGCACCAUUUCUUCGCCUCUCGUUUAAUUCCUACGAGGUGGGAUCCUUGGUGAAUUCAGCUGACCCUCUACCGCCAUUCGUUGCUGUAAAGGUGAAGGAAGCCUUGACAACAGAACGCGGGAAGACUCUGGUUCAGAAGAAGCCAACUAUGUAUCCAGACUGGCAAUCUUCCUUUGAUGCUCACAUUUACGAGGGACGUGUGAUCCAGAUUGUGCUGAUGAAGAGUGCAGAGGAACCUCUGUCUGAGGUCACUGUCGGGGUUUCAGUCCUUGCUGAGCGUUGUAAGAAAGGCAAUGGCAAGGCAGAGUUCUGGUUGGAUUUGCAGCCCCAGGGGAAGGUACUAAUGGCAGUGCAGCUGUUCCUGGAGGAUUCAGAUUGUCACCAGUCUGUGAGGGAGGAAGAUGGGGCAGUGACACUGAACCGGCGCCGAGGAGCAAUCAAACAGGCGAAAAUCCACUACAUCAAGAACCAUGAGUUCACUGCCACCUUCUUCCGACAGCCCACCUUCUGCUCAGUGUGUCGGGAUUUUGUCUGGGGCCUGAACAAACAGGGCUACCAGUGUCGACAAUGUAAUGCUGCAAUCCACAAGAAAUGUAUUGAUAAAAUCAUUGGUCGUUGUACAGGCACUGCCACCAACAGCAGGGACACUGUGUUCCAGAAGGAGCGUUUCAAUAUCGAUGUUCCACACAGGUUUAAAGUGAAUAACUACAUGAGCCCGACAUUCUGUGAUCACUGUGGGAGCUUGUUGUGGGGGCUAGUCAAACAAGGACUCAAAUGUGAAGAAUGUUUGAUGAAUGUGCACCACAAAUGUCAAUCCAAAGUUGCCAAUCUUUGUGGGAUCAACCAGAAACUGAUGGCUGAGGCACUGAACCAGAUUAGCCUGAAAUCAUCUACUCGGAGAUCUGAUAGCAGUCUGCCUGACAAUUCAAAUAUUGGCAUUUAUCAGCCUUUCAACAACAGCGGUGGUCCUGGAACCCCACACCUGGACAGCACAGACAGUCACCAAUAUGGCAAGUUGUGGGAAGAUGGUUCACCGAAACCUCCACAGCGAGGACCCAGUCUCCGUCCCAAUUCCAUGAGGAAACUGACAAUCGAGAACUUCACUCUCCAUAAAGUGUUAGGAAAAGGAAGCUUCGGGAAAGUUUUACUUGCGGAACUGAAAGGAAAGGGCGAGUUCUUCGCUGUGAAAGCACUGAAGAAGGAUGUGGUUCUAAUGGAUGACGAUGUGGAAUGCACGAUGGUGGAGAAACGGGUUCUGGCUCUGGCCUGGGACAAUCCAUUUCUCACUCACCUGUACUCGACCUUUCAGACCAAGGAGCAUCUGUUCUUUGUCAUGGAAUAUUUGAAUGGAGGUGACCUGAUGUUCCACAUUCAGGAAAAAGGACGUUUCGAUCUGUACCGAGCGAUGUUUUAUGGAGCGGAGAUCAUCUGCGGAUUGCAAUUCCUGCACUCGAAGGGGAUUAUUUAUCGAGACCUCAAACUGGACAAUGUGAUGUUAGACAAGGAUGGGCAUAUCAAAAUCGCUGACUUUGGGAUGUGCAAGGAGAAUGUGUUUGGAGAGAACAGAGCUACCACUUUCUGUGGAACACCAGAUUACAUUGCACCAGAGAUCUUGCUGGGCCAGAAGUAUACUUUCUCGGUUGAUUGGUGGUCAUUUGGGGUGCUGCUAUAUGAGAUGCUGAUUGGUCAGUCACCAUUCCAUGGUGAUGAUGAGGAUGAACUAUUUGAGUCAAUCCGGGUGGACACGCCUCACUAUCCUCGUUGGAUCACUAGGGAAUCCAAGGACAUCCUGGAAAAGCUGUUUGAAAGAGAUCCAACAAAGAGACUCGGCAUUGCAGGAAACAUCAAACUACACAACUUCUUCAAAACGGUGAACUGGACAGCACUGGAGAAAAGAGCAAUUGAUCCUCCAUUCAAACCCAAAGUGAAAUCUCCUGGUGACUACAGCAACUUUGACCGAGAGUUUCUGAGUGAGAAGCCGCGCCUGUCUCAGGGCGACAAGAAUUUGAUAGACUCCAUGGAUCAGUCUGCAUUCCUGGGAUUUUCCUUCAUUAACCCCAACAUGGAGCGUCUGAUCAAAUAAUUACAAAAUGAUCAGCCCUCUAAUCACACUCCUGCAUUUCAUCUGAUUUGAUUGGACCCCAGGGAUGGGAGUUGGGACUGUUUUCUGGUUUUUAUCUAAUCCACCUGUUAUCAUUGUGGCAAUGAGUGAUUCUGAGGCUGCCCAUUCUUGGGGCAUUACAGCGGCUCCACAUCAGGGGGGGUGGUCUGGGGCUGGAGGUGGGUAAUGGUGUCUGGGCAUGGCCUCUGGUUGCCAGCCAACAUACAGUCGGGUUUAUUGUAAAGUUUUUCUGAGAAUAGAGAAGCAAACGAUGGUCAUCGAUAUUUUUUAAACUCCCGGCUUUUCAUCUUAGUAUCAUUAUCUCUGAUUAAAGUGUACAAUGCUGUAAAGGUCACCUUCAAAUUGCAGUAUCUUUUCAUCAGCUCUGAACAGUGUUUCUAAUUACCGUGAGACAGACCUGGUGAAAGCAAAAUAAUCUUGUACAUGUGUCGGACAGUUUUCAAAAUCACUCACUGGGUGAGGGUGUCGCUGGCUGGACCAGCAUUUAUUGCCUGUCCUUAGUUGCCCCCUUGAGAAGGUGGGGGUGAGCUGCCUUCUUAACCACUAUAGUCCAUGUGCUGUAGGUUGACUCAGAAUGCCCUUAGGGAGGGAAUUCCCGGAUUCUGACUGGAUGGAGAGUGGCUCUGAGUGGAACUUGCAGGUGGCUGGUGUUCCCUUGUAUCUGCUGCCCUUGUCCUUUUGGGAAAGAUAGAAGUGUUCGUGAUUUGGAAGUUGCUGUCUGAGGAUCUUUUUAUCAGUAUAUCUUGUGGAUAGUACACACUAUUGCUACAGAGCAUCAGGGGGACGGGAUCGAUGUUUGUGGAUGUCGUACCAGUAGAGUGGCUGCUUUGUCCUGGAUGUUGUCAAGUUUCUUGAGUGUUUUUGAAGCUGCAACCAUCUGGGCAAGUUGGGGGCGUUUCAUCUCAUUCUUGACUUGUGCCUUGUAGAUGGUGGACAGGGAUACAGGAGGAGAGUUACUAGCUACAGGAUUCCUAACCCAUGACCUGCUCUUGUAGUCAUUGCUUACAGAUAAAUAAAGAAUUUUACACCCUCCAAAUCUCUAAUUUUGAACCGCAGUCACUUGUUUGACCAAUGUAAAUUAAAGAAGUAGUUUGUGGAUAGCAAGCUCCCACAGACUAACAUAUGGUUGUGGUGCUUUGGAAUGGCAGUUAUCUGGCAUCUUUGGCUAUACCAAUGUUAUCCCUAAUCAGGCCAAGCCUGGCAGUUAUCCAGGUCUUGUAAGUGGCAAACAAGUACCUGAGGAGAUGUGCUUUUUCCCCACUGGUCAAAUAAAUGGCAGCGUUCGAUGCUGAACAUAUACCGAAGGCUUGGAGACAUCCAUGUGAUGUGCCCUGGGAGUUCCGAGGGAUGGGAUGGGAUGGAAUAUGAUCAGCCUUGUGCCUGCAAACCCUUCACCAAUUUGGCCGUGACAUUGCAUUGGUCCACAUGUGGUACGGCUGGGGAGAUGGUUAUGAUUAGAAGAAUUAACUUUUAUGAAACACCGUUCCCUCCAUUGGACAUUCCAACAAAAUUAGCAAGAAUUAAACAGAAAGAUGUGGUUGUAUGAGUACAUCUCAGAUCAUUCUGAACUGAGCCUCCAAAAGAUGAUUUGAUAGACUUCCUCAUUAGAGAAAUAGUGGCUGUGGAAAGAUAGUGAAUUGAAACAGGAAGGAAAGUGAAGAAUAUUGCCACUGAGCAGCAGGAGGUUAGAUUGAAUGUGCUAUUCAUCAGUUACUCACUGAUGUCCAGUUUGAGUUCUGCCAGGGCCACUCUGCUCCUCAUUCAUUACAACUUUGGUUGGAACAUAGACAAAAGAGCUGAAUUUCAGAGGAGUGACUAUCCUUGACAUUUAAGAUCAUGUUUGGUCAAGAGUGGCUCUAAAGGAUCCCUAGCAACACAAGUCAGGGAAACUUUCAACAUCAUCAGCAUCAUCAUCAGUCCAACUUACCUUCCCUGCAUUGUAAGGUCAGAAGUGAGAAUGUUGGCUGAUAAUUGUGCAAUGUUCAGCAACAUUUGCAAGCUGUCAGAUAGUGAAUCAAGAGCAGGACAAUAUCCACAGUGGGGGCUGACAAGUGGCAAGUAACAUUUGCCUCAUAUGUUACAGGUAGUGACAAAUUCCAACAAGAGAUUCUGACCACAGCCCCUUGCCUAUCAUUGGCAUUGCCAUCACUGAAUCCAUCACUAUCAACUUCCUGGGGAUUACCAUUAACCAGAAACUCCAACUAGACUAGUUAUAUAAAUGGAGUAGCUACGAGAGUGGUUGCUUUGUGCUAGAUAUGAGUCUAACCAGUGGAGGCCUUUCCCUCAGAUUCCCACUGACUCCAUUUUUCCUCUGGCUUCUUGAUAUCAAGGACAGUCACUCUGACCUCCUGAUUUUUUCACAUUGUCAAGUAGAUACUAGUUUUGUAAUUGUACUGGAAUAGCUUGGCUAGAGGUGUACAUGUUCUAGAGAACAGGUCUUCAGUACAGUUCUCAAAAUGUUGUCAGGGCCUGUAGCCUUGUCCGUAUCCAGUGCCUCUAACUGUUUCUCAUUUUGUGUUUUUUAUUCUUUUAAAUUCUCUUGCAGAUGUGGGCAUUGCAGGCUGGGCCAACAUUUAUUGUCCAUCCCUAGUUGCACUUAAGAAGGUGGUGGGGAGUUGCUGCCUUUGAGCCACUGCAGUCUGGGAUUGCAAACCUGAGCAGGGCACAGACACUAACCGUGUAGUAAUGAGAUUUUAAUUGGAGGUGAUCAAAAGUCUGAAUGAGCUGAGUGCCAAUAUCUCAGCUUGUGGAGCUACAGGCAAUCUAAAGAUAGGGGUAGGAGCUGUGGGAGUGGAUAAUGUUAGAGAUGUGGGAAAGGAUGGUCUUUGUCAUGUCAUACUGCUGCUCAGAAAACAGAAAUUACAAUUAAUUGGUGGAAGGAUUAGAGGGGGAGUUGAGAACAGUCCUUCAGCCAGAAUGGUGGGGAUCUGGAAUGCAGACAGGAUAGCUGAGGCAGAAAACUUUAUUGUGUUAUAAAACAAAAUCUGGAUGUGCAGUUAAGCUGCUGCACCUACCGGUAUUAUGUCGGGUUGGUCAUUCUCAGCUUGCACAGACUUGAUGGGAUGACUGACUCUUUUUGUCUGCUGUAAAUGUUUUCUGUUUCCAAGUCUGCCCUUAAAUGUAGGGGAGCAGAUACAAAAAUGUCUUGCUCAGUGAAGAUGUCUUAUUUGUACCUUUUUUAAGAUGUGAAAUUCAAAUAGACUGUGUGCCAUUAACUUUGUUUAAUUUAUAAUGUGCUGCUACAAAGAUAGUAGCCAAAAGUCUGGUAACCUGGAUUCUGAAUGCAAGAACUAACUCCUGUCUCUGGAAGUCAAAAUGAAAAUGUAAAUACACAUGGGUGGAGUCAUCCCUCCUGUUUUGAAAAGACAUUCUCUAGAUACAAAAUCACUUGUGAUUUAUAGCUCCUAUUGUUUGGACCUGUACAAAAGCUGAAAACAAAUGCUCACCAAAACUCAGUCUGCAAAUAUAAAACUUUCAAGGGAAGUUGUAAAUGGCCACCAUUAAUUGCCAAUGUAGCGAUUAGCUUCUUCUUUUGUUCAAUUGUUUGGACAAUAAGAGUAGCUGACUUCAGAUAACAACAGUUUGUAACUCCAAGGAACAGCGAGGGAUCAUUCAGUCUAGACCCCCACAGCAUGGAGGGGAGAAACCUGCCAAAUUCCUGGCAUCCCAGCCAGGAAGACAAUCAAGUUUUGUUAUCUGCAAAUUUCAGCUAAAUUUGGGGAGACUAAAUUUCAGAGAAAAACCCAGGGUAUUUCCAACCUCAAUUUAUCUCUAAAUAAUAACCAUGAGCCAGAACACAUUAGGCCACAGUGCUUGUAUCUUAAAGAAGUACUUUAAAAUUUGAUGAUCAUGUUAUUUUGGUCAAUAAUCUAAGUGCAUGUUUUUUUUUCCAGAAUUAAUCUUUCCUUGUCUGUGUCUGAAAGUGUGAGGGGAUGAUUAUUUUCAUUGCAUUUACAUU